AUGCCUGCAGACUAUGAUAAAGAAGCGUAUCCAGAACCUCCACGGCAGACUCCUGUUGUGGAUAAACAAACAGCACUGCCAAACCCAGCUCUGAUUUUGUCUAAAGUCUUCUAUUAUGCCGUGGACCUGCCUGUCACCACAUUCAGAGAUGCCGUUGACAGCAUUCGCUCCAAAAACAAGCUGGUUUAUUACCACCAGAAGUUCCGUCGUGUUCCUGACCUGACUGAGUGCCAGGAGGGAGACUAUACCUGCUACUAUGAGGCAGAGAUGCAGUGGAGGAGAGACUAUAAGGUGGAUCAGGAGAUUGUGAAGGUGAUCCAGGAGCGUAUGAGGGCCUGCCAGCAGAGAGAAGGCGCCAGCUACCAGCAGAACUGUGCCAAGGAGAUACAGCAGUUCAACGAGGUGACCAAGAGUUUCCAGUCGCGCUAUGGUGACCUGGGAGCAUAUGCUAGCGGAAGGAAAUGUUUAAUGAAGCAAAAGGAACGGAUGAUGGCAGCUCAGGCACAAAGUGCCUGA